CUUCAUCUAGUGAAACAUCGCUCAUUUCUUUAAAGGUCCAUGGUGGUACUGUCGUACAUGCCUGGUUCUUGAAGAUUUGGUAGCCUUUUCCUGUUUCCAAUUAGCUUUGCUGCUUUGCGUCUUUUAGGAAGGGCAGGCUCUCCUCCCAUCUCAUGGUUAGUGAAUGGUGUUUGCUUAAUGAUGGGGUUAUUUCUCCUGUGUCUCCUCUUCCUUUAUGCUCUGGGUUUAAAGUUUCACUUUCUGGACUGUGUGCUUCUUUAAUCUGUGGCAGAUUUAGUUUGUUCCUCAAUGCUAUGAAUGAAGCGUAUCUCCAGUUGUAAUACAGUUACAGUAGGCCUUUUGCCUGGACGGUGGAUCCUUCUUUUGCCCUUCUUUUUCUCUGUAGAUAGGUAUAGUGUGGCUCUUCUUGAAGGGACUGGUUGCUUUUCAUCUCAGUGUUAGAAUUACCAGUUGAGGAAAUUAAGGAACAUUGGUGUUUCUGGACAAUCGGAGAUGUACUCAGGCCAGCAAUCUGAUCAAGGUCCUAGUGCAAGUAGUGGCAAAGAAUUCUCGGAGGUAAAUUGGAAUUUUGUCACGAUGCAUCAGAAGAUGGGUUAUAACAGUGGGCCGUAUGGAUCUGGACCCUGCAGCAUGGAGUUAGAAGAAAGACCGGGGCUGUAUAGAUCUUCUACUGUUACAUUCAGUCAAAACAUCCAAAUGAGUGAUGAGCAUAUUGGAGUUGUGAAGAAAAGGAAGGGAAUUGAUGACGGUGUUGCCUUGUUGCGAAAUGCGGGCGAUCAACAAACAGAGGGUUCAUCUCAGCUAGAAAGGAAUUCGAUGGAGGAGGGGAACAGAAAGAUUUUGCUGAAAAUGCAAAGCAAGGAAGAUUCUUCUGAUGGUGAUGGUACUAAAGAGGAUUAUGUUCAUGUCCGCGCAAAGCGAGGCCAAGCCACUAAUAACCACAGCCUUGCAGAAAGACUGAGGAGGAAAAAGAUAAGCGAGAGAAUGAAGCUUCUUCAAGAUCUUGUUCCAGGAUGCAGUAAGGUAACCUUUUUUUAUUUGGUGCAAGCAACUUCUCGAAGACCUGUACUCCGCACAUUACCUUAUAUCUUCUCACAGAUCACUGGCAAGGCAGUCAUGCUUGACGAGAUAAUCAACUAUGUGCAGUCAUUACAACGACAAGUCGAGUUCUUGUCAAUGAAACUUGCAACUGUGAACCCUGAGCUUGGCUUUGACAUUGAGCAGAUUCUAUCCAAACAAAUGAUGCUUUCACAAGACAGGCAUCUUGCUUUCUAUGGAGACGACGUAGGAUCAAGCAGCCUUGUUGCUCAGUUUAACCAAGGAAUCAUGCAGCCAGAAAUGAUGUGCAAUAUUUCCAAUCCUCUCAAUGUUUUUCAGGGAACAAUUCAUGAGGUCUCCACAAUGAACCAGAUACCUGCAAUGUGGGAAGGACUUCAGAACGGGCCUCAUAUGAACUUCAACCCUGGUGUGGCAGCCGAUAGCAGCACCAACAAUUCUGGUUCCAUGAAGAUUGAACAAUGAGCUGCUGGUAUAGCUCAGAAAUUGUUCUGCGAAUCACUGAAUCUUCGUGUAAAGUGCUUGCAGUUUGAAGUUUUUGGUAUCGCUGGAGGCCUAACCAUUCAUUGCCAGUUUCCUUCUGUUGCUCAUAGUGUAUAAGUAUCAUUUAUGGUAUGGCAUCUGAAGAUCAUGUACAGUUGGAGCUGAAAAACUAUUCCAUCGGAAAUUUCUGAAGUGCUUUAGCCUGUGGAAAGUAGGAACCCAAUAUUAUCCAUGAACUCCAAGGAUAGAAUCCUGGGACCAAGUGUUGAUGGGCCUAAGAGUAUUAAAUGAGUAGUAGAAUUGAAUCGUUGGUACAAAAAUGUAGAAUUUUAAGGAAAUGGGUGUCAGAAAUUCUAUUAAUCAUGCACAGUUUGCAGCAGGUUUCGUCAUGCGAUGCAACGAAAUUCAUUAUUGUUAA